UUAAUUAAAGGCUCAAAUCCCGUUGUAGCUCAUCACAGCGCCCUCGGGUCAGACGUCUUUUCUCCUCUGAAGAGAAACAUCCACCUUUGGUCACCAUCCCAAUGGCUGACAGCAUACAAAGCUUUAAGGCAGCUGACCUGGUCAUCCAGCUGUCCUCUGCUCCUAAGGCUAAACCCAAUGUUGUUGACUUUGGGACGGUCUUCACAGACCACAUGCUGACCAUAGAGUGGAGUGCAGCUGAGGGGUGGCAGGCUCCACUCAUCGGGACAUUUGGAAACCUGUCACUCCACCCAGCCUGUUCAUCACUGCAUUAUGGCAUUCAGUUGUUUGAAGGCUUAAAAGUGUACCGUGGUGAUGACGGUCAACUACGCCUCUUCAGACCAAUGCUAAACAUGAACCGCAUGGCAAACUCUGCAAGGAGAGCAUGUCUACCUGCCUUUGAUCAGUCAGAGUUACUGGAGUGUAUCAGGAGGUUGGUAGAAGUGGACCAGGACUGGGUACCUCACUCAGACUCAGCCAGUCUGUACAUAAGACCAACAUUUAUUAGCACUGAACCCUCUCUGGGUGUUAAGAAGCCUGCCCGUGCCUUGCUGUAUGUGAUUUUGUGUCAAGCUGGCUCAUAUUUCAACACUGAGCUAGGAGCCCUGUCUCUGUGGGCCGACCCAAAGUAUACACGGGCUUGGAAAGGAGGAACUGGAGACUGCAAGAUGGGAGGAAACUAUGGAUGCUCUCUUUUUGCUCAGUAUGAGGCAAUGGAUUAUGGAUGCCAGCAGGUGCUGUGGCUGUAUGGAGAGGAUCACCAAAUAACUGAGGCAGGAACCAUGAACAUAUUCCUGCACUGGAUCAAUGAGGAUGGGGAGGAGGAACUAGCAACUCCACCACUGGAUGGCAUCAUUCUCCCAGGUGUCACCCGACAGAGCAUACUGGAACUUACCAGAAAAUGGGUUGAGUUUAAAGUGACAGAGCGCUACCUCACCAUGGGUCAGUUUUGCCUUGCCCUGGAGCAGCAGCGUAUCAAAGAAAUGUUUGGCUCCGGCACUGCCUGCAUGAUCUGCCCCAUCGGAAACAUUGUCUACCAGGGAGAGAGCUUGCACAUUCCCUGUCAGGAUGAUCAACCACUGCUGACUUCACGGAUUGCAAAAGAACUAACAGAUAUACAGUAUGGUCGCUCACCUAGCAACUGGACCUUCCUGGUGUAG